UUGGGGUGAGUUGUACACAACAGAGGAAAGAGUCUAAAGGAAUUCAGAGAAGAAGAAGCCUGAGUAUUAGAUUGGGCGUCCCUCCCCUCCCUCCUCCCCUCAUUCCACCUGAUGAAUUUGCCUGCAGGUAAGGGAGCAGGUUGGUCAGGUUCUGGGCUGUGACUGAUCAGAGUGCGUGAGACACAAACAGUCUCACUCUUUCGCCUCUUUCCAGUGGGACAAAUAGGGCCAUUGGAUUUCCUGGGAUAUUAACACCCCAAUCUUUCCGACUUAUUCUCCCAGUGACCAAUGAAGGCAGAGGAAGUGCAAGCUGACAUGCCCAGCAGUUCCCUACAUUGUGCCAAGGCGGUGGGCUUCUCCCUGCAGAUUCCCUUCUCUGUGAUUGUCAGGGUGCUGAUCCUCCUGCUCUGUGUGUCAGGGGGCAUCUGUGGGGUCGUGCAGACAGAGAGGAGCAUCACUGCAGUGCUGGGCAUGGAUGUUACCCUUCCCUGUUAUUACCAGGCAGAAGCAGAUGAGAAGGUGGCACAAGUUGUUUGGAUAAAAAAAGGAAUAAAUGGGCAGAAUACAGAAAUUGUUAUUCUGAACACUGAAUAUGGAGCCAACAUAUUUGGUGCCUAUGAGGGACGAGUGAAAGAAAAAGCCCCCUUGGAGUCAGCAGAUGGGGGCAUUAUUCUGAAGAAUGCAGUACAAGCUGAUGAAGGGACCUACCAGUGUCGUGUCAACACUUUCCCAGCUGGAAACUUUGAUGCUGAACUGGAGCUGAAAGUGUUGGUUCCUCCUUUGCCCACCCUGAGCCCUGGGCCUCCACUGAUCGAAGGAGAAGGAAGAUCUCUGGCCGCCUCAUGCACAGCAGAAGGCAAUCCUGCUCCAGCUCUCACUUGGGAGACAGGAGUGGAGGGAACCAAUUUGACUAAGAAAUACGAGCACCAACGCUCUGCCUCUGUCACUAGUGAAUUCUAUGUGGUACCCACCCGCCGCAUGAAUGGAAAGGUACUGACCUGUGUGGUCUCUCAUCCUGGGUUCCAGCAAGAGAAAAGGAUCACCCAUGUUCUGGGAGUGAGAUAUCUGGCAGAAAUCUCAGUCCAAGGACAUGAAGAAGGCUUGUUUGCUGGGAAAGAGGGGGCCAUGUUACAAUGCCAAGCUGAUGGAAACCCACCACCAACAUAUACGUGGUCCAGGACCAAUGGGUCUCUUCCAGCAGAGAUAAAGACUGAAGGAAACACACUGCAGUUUCUCAGAGGUCUGGCACCAGAAGACGCCGGUGUCUAUGUCUGUCAUGCAACUAAUGGCAUCGGCAGCAAGAGUGCCCAGGCCACUGUUUCUAUAGCAGAAUACGAGGCAAGAAAAAUCGAUUUAGUGUCGGUGUCACUGGGCUCGGUUGGAGUUCUGACUGCAAUCCUACUGGUAGUCCUGGUCAUUACUCUACUCAUGGUCAACCGGCAUCACAAGAAGAGAACCAAGCAGCUCUCUGAGAAAAUUGAGGAACUUUCCACUCUCUCCAGGGAGGCAUCUCGGAGGAGGCUGAACUCUACUACAGCCAGCACAGAUACCCGCCUCCAGCUGGAAGAAGGCAUCCAUCUGAGGUCUGGAAUGCAUUGUGACAGCCUAAGGGAUCCAAGUAUCAGUUCUAUGAUGGGGGAAGAGGCUGACAGACGAAGUUAUUCCACUCUCACCACAUUAAAGGAAACAGAGACCCAGACAGAGCUUUUAUCUACUGUCCCAGAUGAAGAGGCGAUAGAAGAUAGUGAAGAAACAGAGCAAGUGGAGCAGUCAAAAGAGAAAGAGCAAAACCCCACAGAGGCAGACGGCAUAGUCGGAGUGGCCAUCCAACCAUUCAUCAAACAGGGAAUGGCACACUUCUACCAAGAGAAUGGCACAUUAAGGGCAAAGCCCAGCGCCAAUGGUAUUUAUAUCAAUGGAAGGGGGCACCUAGUAUAACAAGACUAUUCACCCUCAUGGGAAAUGUGCCAAAAGUACGAGGACUGAAUUUAAAAAUAACUUUUUUUUUACGAACUUCUAAGGAUAAUUGUGCCAAAAGGGGACCUGUGAUCUUAGAAGAUUUUUUUCUCCCAGAUGCCCAAUGAUCUUCUUACCAUGACUUUCUCUAUAGACAACCUUCUAAGAUUAUUGUAUUGGGUUGGGACAAAAUAAAAUCUUUCCCAUUCACAGGUUUGUUACUGGCACAAAAGCAAAAAGUGUGGCAAUUCUGGAUACCACUGAUGGGGAAGGGAAAGUAUUCACAUGACUCUUCCCACCUGUACAGAUCUGAGAGGAGAAAGAGCUGAAGUCUCCUCACUGGCCCUCAUACUCAGAAUGAAAAAGACCAUUUCCCAGCAGGGGACAAUUGUGUUUUUGGGCUAAGGUACAGUGAAAGAAUACAUGGAAAUUUAAUAUACAUGAACAAAAAAGCCAUUAGGAACAAUGAACUUCAGUUUCAGGAUAGCAGCAAAUAUUUCACCCCAUUAGUUAUAAUUAGAAUUUAUGGGAUUUCACAAAACAGGAGUGGGCAUCUGCUUAAUUCAGUAGGUAACAUGACCUAUUGUCCCCCAUACUCUAGCUGACUAUUUGAGCCAAUGCAAAAAAAUCUUUUGUAAAAUGUAUUGCACUAUUUAGCAUUCAUUGGCCUGCUGGUGGGAAUGUGUGAUCUAUCCAUGGUAAGGCUGCUGCUAGGAACAAAUUUCCCUUGGUGGGAGUGAGCUCCUGCUUUUUGAAAUGAGUGUUUAUGCAUGUGGGAGUUUGGCACUUUCUACUGCUGCCACUGAGGGACUUCCUACUUAUGAGACUGUGACAUUUCCUGCUUAAUGGACUUCCCACUUGUUGUCAGUGGCACUAUGGGACAUCCUACUUUUGGCUCUGUGGGAGUGAGGAACUUCCUUCUCACUGAACUGUGGUACUUCCUGCUUGUGGAUCUAUGGGAAUAAGGGACUCCUUGUUGGUGGCACUAAAGAAAUUCCUGCUGACUAAACUGUGGUUCUUCCUACUUGUGGAACUAUGAGGGUGAGGGACUUCCUGCUGGUACCCAUGAAGAACAUCCUGCUCACUAAACUGUGGUUAUUCCUACUUGUGGAACUGGAGUGAGGGGCUUCAUGUUGGUGCCCCUGAGGAGCUUGCUGCUGACUAAACUGUGGGACUUCCUGCUUGUGGAACCAUAGGAAUGAGGGACUUCCUGCUAGUUCUCCUGAGGAACUUCCUGCCCAUUAAACUGUAGUUCUUCCUUUUUGUGGAAUUGUAGGAGUGCAGGACUUCCUGCUGGUGCCACAAGGAAGUUCCUGCUCCCUAAACUGUGGUUCUUCGUGCUUGUGGAAAUAAAAGGCCGAAGUGUGAGCAGAAGUUUGUGGCUUAGGAAACUGCAUGUGUAUGUAAGGAAGCAGACCACUCGGUCACAGCUCCUAAGACCCAAAAAGAGUAUAUGUCUUGAAAUGGUAAAAGCACUUGGAUUAGACCCAUUUUAGGAAUAAAUUCUCACUGCUCAUGACGAGUAGAAAUCUGCUGUUUAUAUUAAUAUUAUAAUGUCUUUAUUCCUUAUCAUUUGUACUGUUAUAAGGCUGUUCUACAGUUCUGUGUUCAUACUUGU